AUGACCCGAAAGAUUCACGACCAGAAAAGAGUUACCGAAAGGGAUCCUUCAGUCCAUCGAUCUGUGACAUUCGAUAAGAGCCCAUGCAGAGGCGAUACAUCUGGUUCGCAGUCUUCGCUGAGCUGGCAAACUCUCCUGAAGCUGCAACCGCGCUCCAAGCUCAAAACGCACAUUGUUCCUGCAGCCCACGGUUUCGCGUUUGAAGUGAAAGCGUCCUCCCAUUUCCGAAUCGUUGAUCUUCACGGACAACAAGUAGUCGACUUCAUGGCUUGGACGCUGCCUUACUCUCCAGCCACCAACCCGGAGCACUUCUCCACGAGUUAUACGCGGUAUGCGUUGGGAGGGUCAGCCCCGCCAAAGGUAGGCGAAGCUCUGUACACGAACCGUGACAGGCGCAUGUUUACACUCGUGGCCGACACGGUCAAGACGCACGACUUGCUUUACAUGGCGUGCAAUCCGGGAUUUUAUGCUCGCCAGCAACAGCCCGACCACAGAUCAUGCGCGACCAACAUUGCUGAGGCCAUGGCACCCUGGGGCAUGAAGCAUUGGAGCGAGGUAAUCGAUCCGUUCAAUACGUUCCAGAACACACCAUAUUAUGCAUUGAAAGCGCUGAACUGUUCAAAGCCGGGUGAUUACAUCGAGAUGAAGGCGGAAAUCGAUGCUGUUUGUGCGGUGAGCAGUUGUCCGUUUACUGGGGGUGGGUUUAAUGGUGGGAAGGUCACGGAUGUUGCGAUUGUGAUGGAGAUGGAUGAAGAUGAAAUCGGUCUUGGAGUCGGAAUGCAAGGCAAGAGGAUGGUCCUAUCUCCUUACCCUAGCUAG